GGAAGACAGUUCCUGGCAAACUUUCCAGGUAGUCCAUCGAUCGGGAAGAUGACACAGCCAUUUUUAUUUUCUUUCCAAGACGGAGGCUGUUGGGGCAGUCGCCGUGCUAUAGUUGUCACCGAUCUAUCAUAGCGAUCCCAGCCAGGCGAUAGGUUGAGGUUCAAGAAGCUCAAGACAAUAGUUAAUUCAUCCCCAGUGAGCGAAGAGCAGAAGCUAGAGACGUGAGGUGAUUACGCAGUAUCGUAUCCGUACGGGGCCAGCGCGCGAUCGAUUAGCUAAGCGCCGGCUACUGCGCUUCUGACAACCUAGAACAACUUUGAUACAACAAACUCGAUUCCUUCAGCAUAUAUCAUUUAUUCGGUGGUUAAUCAUUGCAAUAUGAAAACGUUAAAAUUUGUUGAAUCAGUCUGGCAGUCCUUCCGGACUACAUCUGGCUUAGAGCCGAGGCUGCUGCAUAACCUCCGCGUGACAGCCGCACGCCCUGGUGUUGUGAACUUCGAGCUAGAUAUUCAGAAAGAGCAUACGAAUCGCCUAGGUAUCCUUCAUGGAGGCACUAUUGCUAGCAUGGUCGAUCUCGGAGGAUCCCUAGCCCUUGCUUCGAGGGGACUAUUCUCUACAGGUGUUUCAACUGACAUUAAUGUGACAUAUCUCAAUUCCGGAGGUAAAAUUGGAGAUAAGAUUCUCGCAGAGGUUACAUGCGAUAAGUUCGGGAAAACGCUUGCAUUCACAUCGAUAAAGUUCACCAAUUCCCAGAAUGAAAUUUUCGCACGGGGGAGCCAUACAAAGUUCGUUGCUCUUGCAUACAAGGACCCGAAAAAUAUUGUUGAUCAACUGAAGGCGGAAAAUGGGGCGGAGGCGAAAUCUUGAGAAAGCCGCGACGUAUGCUACCAAGUCUGAAGUUAUAAGUUCCCCCAAGGCCGUAGUGGAUAGAUAGGACUAGACGAGUUGGAAGCUGACCGGGGCAGUAGCUCAUUACAGUUACUUCAAAGAAAGCCCAUAAUGCCUUGUAGUAGUGUCCGAACGGCACACAGCUCUUUCCCGUUGUAUUAAAUAGAUUGUAUAAGAUCAUAGCAACCCUGUGCUGUACAUAGAGAAAGACAUUGUUAGAAAACCCAAGUUAAAUGGCACAUACGACGAAGUUCUACACUUAAAACUCCGAAUUAAACAAUAACUUCAGGCCUUGAAAGGAAUGGGGCAAGCCGGUGCUCAACCAGAUAUUAGAGGAAUGACAUUUAAGCGUGAAAAUCAUUGCGUAACAUCCGAGUAAGAUGCUGGAAC